AUGAGUUCCUUCUCCAUUACUCGCAAGAAGACCCCCUUCCAGAAACAUAGAGAGGAAGAGGAGGCAAAGAAAAAGAGGGCUGAGGAUGAAACUGCUCGAUUAUAUGCUGAGUUUGUGGAGUCUUUCCAAGGGGAUACAGCUCCUGGCUCGAAGACUUUUGUCAGGGGUGGACUGAUCAAUCCCAAUGACAAAGUGAAGGAUGAAUCUGAAGGUGAAAAGUCCAAAGAUGGGGUAUCUGUUCCAAAGAAGGGAAGUAGGUAUGUCCCAUCCUUUUUACCACCUCCCAUGGCAUCCAAGGGAAAGGAAUCUGAUAAGAAGAGGGAGGAGGAGAGGUCAAAGGACAGGGAAAAAGGGAAGACCAGAAAUAUUGAUCAUUUCAUGGAAGAGCUGAAGCAUGAACAUGAAUUGAGGGAGAAAAGGAAUCAGGAACGCGAGCGUUGGCGCGAUGGACGUCCUAGUGAUACUUCUCUAUCAUCUAGUACGCGGUUCGAUGAACUGCCUGAUGACUUUGAUCCAAGUGGAAGGCUUCCAGGAUCAUUUGAUGAUGGUGAUCCACAGACAACCAAUCUUUAUGUGGGGAAUCUUGCGCCUCAGGUUGAUGAGAAUUUUCUAUUGCGCACUUUUGGAAGAUUCGGGCCUAUUGCUAGUGUAAAGAUAAUGUGGCCUAGAACAGAUGAGGAGCGUAGGCGACAAAGAAAUUGUGGAUUUGUAGCAUUCAUGUACAGAGCUGACGCGCAAGCAGCGAAAGAUGAAAUGCAAGGAGUUGUUGUUUACGAGUACGAGUUGAAAAUUGGAUGGGGUAAAUCUGUGGCUCUUCCUUCUCAGGCUCUGCCUGCUCCUCCUCCAGGUCACAUGGCCAUCAGGAGCAAGGAGGGCGCCACUGUUAUUCUCUCUGGUCCAUCUGGUCCUUCUGGUGCACCUGUUUCCUCCGGUCCAAAUCAGAACUCUGAACUGGUUCUUACUCCAAAUGUUCCUGAUAUAACAGUUGUUCCACCUGAUGAUGAUCACCUACGCCAUGUAAUCGAUACAAUGGCUCUAUAUGUGCUAGAUGGAGGAUGUGCUUUUGAACAAGCUAUCAUGGAGAGGGGCCGUGGGAAUUCCCUAUUCAAUUUCCUCUUCGAGCUUGGCUCUAAGGAGCACACAUACUAUGUCUGGCGGCUGUAUUCCUUUGCACAGGGUGAUACUCUUCAAAGGUGGAGAACAGAGCCCUUUAUCAUGAUAACCGGAAGUGGAAGAUGGAUGCCACCACCGCUGCCAACUGUUAAAAGUCCAGAGCAUGAAAAGGAUGCUGGAACUACCUAUGCUGCAGGAAAAAGCAGGCGGCUUGAUCCAGAACGAACUCUCACUGACCCACAGAGGGAUGAAUUUGAGGAUAUGCUACGUGCUUUGACACUAGAAAGAAGUCAGAUAAAAGAUGCCAUGGGUUUUGCCUUGGACAAUGCUGAUGCUGCUGGAGAGAUAGUGGAGGUCCUGACGGAAUCAUUGACCCUCAAGGAAACUCCUAUUCCUACGAAAGUUGCAAGACUCAUGCUUGUAUCUGACAUCCUUCACAAUAGUAGUGCUCCUGUUAAGAAUGCUUCUGCAUACCGGACCAAGUUUGAAGCUAGUCUACCUGAUAUCAUGGAGAGCUUUAAUGAUUUGUACUGCAGCAUAACUGGAAGGAUCACUGCUGAGGCACUCAAGGAGCGAGUCCUUAAAGUCUUACAAGUAUGGUCUGAUUGGUUCCUGUUCUCAGAUGCAUAUGUUAAUGGACUUCGAGCAACAUUUCUUCGGUCCAGUAACUCGGGUGUGGUCUCUUUCCAUUCAUUAUGCGGUGAUACUCCAGAAAUAGAGAAGAAGAAGAGUGCUGGCUCAGAUAAAGCUGGCGGUGAUGGGUCCAAGGUUGCCAACCAAGAUGCUGCGCUGGCAAUGGGGAAAGGAGCAGCAACAAGGGAGCUGAUGAGUCUUCCACUUCCUGAGCUGGAAAGGCGUUGCAGACAUAAUGGGUUAUCCCUUGUUGGUGGUAGAGAGAUGAUGGUUGCACGGUUGCUGAGCCUUGAAGAGGCAGAAAAGCAGAGAGGUUAUGAGUUGGACGAUGACUUGAAGUUAUCUCAGAAAAGUCAGUCUUCAACCUCUGGUAGUAGGGUUACAACAAGUGGCGUUUACAGAGAAACUGGAUUUAUUGACCCUCCUCAGCCCACCGGGGGAUUCUCUGGAAGUGACUCUACACAUUUGGUUUCGACACUUGUAACUCCUCAACCUGCUGCAUCAAAACCCUUCACAAAGAGAGAGAAGACAGAUCAUGUUUUAACUGCAUCGAAAUGGGCUCGUGAUGAUGAUGAUGAUGAUGGAAGUGACGAUGAACAGAAGAGAAAUUCUACUAAGGGGAUUGGGUUGAGUUACUCAUCUUCUGGAAGUGAAGUUGCUGGUGAUGAUCCAGGCAAGGGUGACGAUGAGGAGUUUGCGAUGGAUGGAAGUGUUUCAGGACAACCCGACAGUGGAAUAAAUGAUGAACAGAGACAGAAGUUGAGGCGUCUGGAGGUUGCUUUGAUAGAAUAUCGUGAAUCCCUCGAGGAAAGAGGAAUAAAGAGUUCAGAGGAAAUCGAGAGAAAGGUAGCGAUCCAACGGAAGAGGCUCGAAGCUGAAUACGGCCUGUUGAGUAGGAAUGAAGAUGCAACUGAGAACACAGAGAGAGGGUCUUUGGAAAGGAGGGAGAGACGGGAGAGCAGUACCAACAACAAUGAAUCAUCAUCGAGAAAACGACAGAGGAGCCUAAGUGGAAGUAUGAGUCCUCGUCGGAGACCACCUACAGGGAGGGAGAGAGAGAAUGAGGUGGAGAGAGAGCGUGAAAGGCACCACAGGGUGGACAGAGAUAGAGAUAAUAGAGGUGGUCACAAGGCAGAGAACGAAAGGAGUCAGCGCGAGAAGAGUGGAAGCAGAGAACGUGAUGAUCAUGACAGAGAUAAUAGAAGCAACAGCAGAGACAGGGACAGAGAGAGGAGACGCUUAAAAUAG